AUGGACGUUAUCGCUCAUAUUGACAAGGCCCUGGAGGCAGCACAGAUGGACGCUGUCGACAUCUUGCGCACCUUCUUCCUCCUCGCUGCCGCGACGACAGUGUCAAUCAGUCUCCCUUCAUCGCUACGCGAUAGGUUUCUCCCCUAUGGCCCACGUGCGACAAAGACUGCGACGGCGCCUGCGCCUGCACCUGCACCGAGCGACGACGCCGCUGCUUCGUGUCGACCAGACGCGCAAGCAUCGGAACCCUCCCCAGCUCCACGUCAUGCCUCUCGUUCAGGAAUCUUGGACUACCUUGCAACCUGGCAGGUGCCACACAGCUACUUCACCCAAUUCUACAUCACUUCCGUUGCAUCCUCGAUAUUCUGGGCGGCCCAGUUGGUCUGGCGCGGGCGCAUCUUUCAUGCCAUUGCAUCGCGGGUGAGCGAGGAGCAUUCUCAGCAAUCGAUGGCCCUCACGCAAGUGCUCAUUUGCUGGAUCCUCCUUGCCAUCCAAGGCUCCCGGCGGCUGUGGGAGAGUUUCAUCUUUGCCAAACCUUCCACCUCGAAAAUGUCGAUAGCGCAUUGGCUGCUUGGCUUGGGGUUCUAUCUUGCGGCGGGGGUCGCAAUUUGGAUUGAGGGAUCAGGAGCGAUCCAGACCUCCCGUCUGACCCUGGCUGAUUUCCAAUUCACCAAUGCUCCCUCCAUUCGAACCUUAGUCUGUGUGCCGCUGUUCCUCAUCGCGUCCGGAUUCCAGCAUGACUGUCACCAUUUUCUCUUCUCGCUGAAGAAGUAUACUCUCCCGGAUCAUCCACUUUUCCGAGGCAUUGUGUGCCCACACUACGGGGCCGAGUGUAUCAUCUACCUCUCGCUCACAUACCUGGCUGCACCCCCCGGUCAGGUGGUCAAUAAGACUAUGUUGAGCUGUCUGAUCUUCGUGGUGGUCAAUCUGGGACUGACGGCGCAAAACACCAAGGCGUGGUAUAUGCAGAAAUUUGGCCGGGAGGCUGUGCAGGAUCGAUGGCUGAUGAUUCCAUACCUCUUCUAG